AUGGACGACCGCGCGGAUCCUAUCUCACAGUUCUUUCCAGAUCAGGAGGACGUAGAUCUAUACGAGGUGCUCUCAAUCUCACCGGAUGCCAAGCCAGACGAGAUCAAGAAAGCCUACCGCCGCCUUGCCCUAGUACACCAUCCUGACAAACACGCUACCGCGAGUGAAACCGCCAAAGCCGACGCGUCGUUGAGGUUUCAGCAGGUUGGCUUCGCAUAUACCGUGCUCUCUGAUGAGAAACGGAGGGCGCGCUACGACAAGACGGGCAAGACGGAUGAGGGGGCGGGUCUCUCGCCGGGAGAGGAUGGCUGGGAAGCAUACUUCGAGGAGCUCUUCGACAGCGUGACGAGAGGGAAGCUCGAUGAUGACAAGAAACAGUAUCAGGGUUCUCUGGAGGAGGGAGAGGACGUCAAGCAGGCCUACGUCGAUGCGAAGGGGUCCAUUGGCGAGAUGAUGAAUCACAUUCCCCAUUCCACCCACGACGACGAAGCGCGCUUCAUCGUGAUGAUCUCAAAGCUCAUCAAGGAUGGCACGCUCCCGUCACUCCCGCAAUGGGAGUCGAGUAUCAAGGACGAGAAGGGGAAACUCGUCCGCAAGAAGCAGAGUCAGAAGGAAUCCAAGGAGGCGGAGGAGCUCGCGAAGGAGCUCGGUGUUUGGGACGAGUUCUACGGCAGCGGGAAGACUGGAGCGCGGAAGGGAAAGGGUGGUAAAGGCAAGGGGAAGGGGAAGGAUGUCCAGGAGGACGGUGGCGAGACAGCAGAGGAGGACCAUUCUGCAUUGCAGGCCCUCAUUCUGAAGAAGCGCAAGAACAUGAACAACUUCUUCGAUAGCCUUGCGGAGAAGUACGCCGAACCGCCGUCGAAGGGAAAGAAGGGCAAGAAGCGUGGCAAGGCGGCAGCAGACGAUGAAGAGGAGCCACCAGCGAAGAGGGCGAAGAAGGGCGCUGUCGAGAUGCCGGAAAUCGACGACGAGGAAUUCGCGAAAUUGCAAGACAACUUGUUCAGCGACAAGGCGAAGUCCAGCGAGACGGACGCUGCGGCAUCACCGAAGAAGAGAGGGCGUGCGGCUGCGAAGGAACGCAAGGCCAGAUGA